GAAAUUUGAAUGGAAGAAAGGAGCAAACAGAAAAUUCCCAAAGCUCAACGUGAAUCUCAGUCGGUCUCUCCUUGUUCCUUCGAAGUUCCCACCCAUUGAUUUCAAAAUAUGCAUCUUGAUCUGGAUUCUCAUCCUCCACACUCUACAUUUCCUUUCUAAACUUCUUUCACAAUGAGCCCUGCAUUUCCAUCCACCACAAUCCACACACCUUCUUCUUCUUCUUCUUCCUCUCAAAUCCACGCCACUAACAACAAGCCGAAGCUGAAGCAGCAGCAGCAGCAGGGUUCUCGCAGCCCCUUCAAUGUUCUCAAUGGCAUUUCCUUUUCCACCGCCUGCAACAGCUCCAGCAUCGCCAGUGACGCUUCCUCCACCUCCACCUCCACCGAAGCCCCCAGAGGCUGUCUCAGGUUCUUUCUAUCUCAUUCCACUGCUUCUUCUAAAACCCCCCCUGCUAAUAAGUUUAAACCAUCUUCCAAAAUCCCAAAAUCUACCUCCAAUCUUCGCCCUAUUAAGCCUCUCAGAUCUAAGCCGCUCAAGGAGAAUGCUCCCAAACGGGCUGUUAAACACUACUCCAGGGCUGCAAAACCUUCCUCCACUAAGUUGGACCCAUUGAAGAAAAACUCCCCCUGUUUGUAUAGAUGGCCAUCCGGGAAGAAACCCUGUUCUUUAGGUACCCACAAAUCUAAAAUGCUGGCAUCUGGUGGUGAGGAAUUGGAGAAGAAUGGGACACAUGGUGUAGUGAGGAUGGUUGAUGAUGGUAAAUGUGAACCUUCUGAUCUUAAUUUAGUUCCCAGUGAUUUCAAUUUCACUCCCAUGCGUAAAAUGGAAUAUGGCUCUUCUGGUUUGGAUCCAACAGUUGAUAAGGUUGCUGCCUUGGAGAAUUCAAACAUAGAUCAGAGCAAAACGCCUCCUGUUCAAGCCUCUGUAUCACCAGAAUUACAGUGUGGUUCAGCAAUUAUGCCUACAGUUACUCCUAUUUGCUAUGGUGCUGGCUAUGUCGUUUCCGGGGUCUCUGACAAGAGAAAGUGCAGACCGAGAGGGCUUCUUAUUGUUGGAGACAAUACUGCGUCCAUUUCUAAAGUCAAGCCUAUUCAGAUUUUUGAAGAAGAUGGAAACAUCACAAGGGACACUUCCAAUUCUGUCGUUUUAAAGGUCCCUUCACCCAUUGAAGCUUCUAUGAACUGGCUUUUAUCCCCCUGCAAUGAGGAGGAUGAGGAUCACAAACAGAAGUCUGCAAAUGCUUCACCUCAGUCUAAGAAUCUCGCUGAAUCAAUUGCACUUCAUUCUGUUCCUUCGCCAUCAUCUAUUGAUGCUCUUUCUCCCUACAUAUCCAGUCCUCCAGAGUUUCAAGGUUUCUUGGAGCCAUUAUCCUUUGAGGAAACCUCUUCCUCAUGUGCUCCUAAUUGCUUGGAUGUCAUUUUAAAGGAGGGAAGAGGACAACAGAGGUAUCAAGUCAAUGGGGAGAAUUCUCCAUUCUCAAUUGACUCUUUAAGUAGCGAUAAUGUUAUCCGGACACCACAUUCAGACUCAAGUUUGGCUCAAAAAGUUUUCCCUCCGUGGUUAACUGCUGACAGUUGUGGGAAAUGUGAUCAGAAUUCAGCAUCUGAGUUGUUCUCACGAGCAAAUCUACCUCGAGAUAGCCCGAAUGCAAUAACGAGUAUAACAGAUUUAAGUUUCCAAUUUGAUUGUCUGGCCACAAUACCCAAUUCCAUGGAUCUUCAUCAAUUUCAAAAGAUUCUUGAGGAUCAGGCUUUUAGUAAUAGCAAUUCUUCAUGUGAGGAUUUGUUCAAAUCCAAGAUGAGAGUAUCGUGGAGGGAAGGGUUAAUGAGCCGGAUCUACGAGAUGGAUGAGUUCGAUACUUGUCGAUGCUUGUCAGAUGAAGAAGAGAAUGUUGAUUCUUGCCGCAAUUGCUUGUCAGAUAUCCUUAAGACUCCUUUGGAACAUAAUGAUUGCGAGGCUGAUCCUAUAGUUUCUAACUGUUUUUGUUCUCCUGGAUUAUUAGUUGAUGAGGAAGCCGAUGAAUAUGACAAAUGUAAAGAAAUGUGGUCUCAUCAAGUACCUUGUUCUUGUGCGGAAUCCAUUAGCACGGAUGGAGGUGGCUUGAUUGCUUCAGGGGACUCGGAUUGGAAUUUAUGCUAUAAAAAUGGAUUGUUUGAUUCUUAACAGUGAAUCUCUUAGUUUCACUCCUAUUCCUAGCGGAAUAAAUCUUACCAGCAAAAAUUGAUUGUUUGAGAAAGAAUGCUUUCUCAAUGGAUUGCAACCCACCAAAGUGUCACUAGUAGUAUCCAUUGUGUGCGUCGAGUUUAUGUUUGUAUGAACUGAAUUUCAUAUUCACAAUGUUUGAAACUUUUCUCUUUGUCAUAUUAUAAAGACAGCGGUCAGUACCAAUAUGGUGGAGUUUGUGACCGAAGAGGAUUCUUCUGCUGGAACUCCAUGGUCAUCUAUCUAAGCUUUUGCUAUUUCCAAUUGAUUAAAAGAAUAUGCAGGCUGGUCGUCUAGAAAGAAUUGUGCAAGAACAGCAGAGCAUAUCGGGUGAAACGAAGACCUUGAAUAAAAAAUUUGGCCAACUGGUUCAGGUACAUAUUCGUGUACUCCUUCCUGAUUAUAUUCCUUUGGGUAAUUGGAAUCACUUAAAACCAUGGCUAAAAAUGUAUUUAUACUGAUAAAACUUUGGGGUUGUAUUUUUUAGUAUCAAUUAAAAUCCUAUUUGAAUGUGAAUCUAUUUAGACCCUUCAUUAGCAUUUUGGUGCAUAAUUCACGCGUAUGUA